GCGCUGAUCUGACACACGAUAAAUAAUGGGAACAGGAAGCUCAAAGAAGCAGCCAGACUAGGAAGGCUGAGCUGAAAAAAAUCACAUAUAAUGGGGUGCAUCCCUUUUCACCAAAGCGACCUUCCCCGCCCUGCGUCUUUUCUAUUAGUCUUGGGACACGGAAAUCACAGUUGCUCAUCCCCAGUCUUGACAUUGGCCAAACUGUCAGGGAUGAGGUUUGCGUCACAGGACCGCGGAUCGCUGGCUUUGUUGUACUGCCAGCAGCUGGACGGACACCUGCCGGAUGGGAGGGACGUUUGCUUGCGAGGCCCCGGUGACCGCAUAUGAAAAAGCCUGAACUGAUUCCGCGUACCGCGUUCCGAUCCGAUCCAGUAUGUUCCGGACACCUACAAGAGCUGUCUGCUAACAAUGCCGGAGCAUCCGGCCCCCGCUGCCUGGGGCUGUAGUGAGACUCCCUGCUGACGGAAGACGCCCCCGAACCCGCAGGAGCAGCCGUAAUGCUUUGUCCCAGCGCCGAGUGCCAGCCGGCUCGGCACCCUCCCAGCCCCGCUGUCUUGCUGAGCCUUACCCUGCUGCUCCCCUGGGCCGCCGGCUCCACCCUGAACUGUCACAUGACCUGUGUCUGUGCCAGCAACAUCGUCAGCUGCUCCAGGACGAACCUGACUGUCGUGCCCGUGGGUCUGCCCCAGUACACGGCCGUGCUGGACCUGAGCUACAACAGCAUCACACGGCUGCGGGCUGAGUGGACCACCGUCAAGCUGGCCAAGCUUCACAGCCUACUGCUCAGCCACAACGGCCUGACCUUCAUCUCCACUGAGGCUUUCCUCUACGUCAGGCAGCUGCGCCACCUGGACCUGUCCUCCAAUGCCCUGCGGCAGCUGGACGAGUACAUCUUCGAGCCGCUAGAGCAGCUGGAAGUUCUGCUGCUAUACAACAACCACAUCUCCCAGAUCGACCGCUCCGCCUUCUCGGGCUUGGUCAGCCUGCAGAAACUCUACCUGAGUCAAAAUCAGGUGGCCCGCUUCCCCCUGGAGCUGGUCAAGGAGAAGACGCGGCUGGAGCAGCUGAUUCUGCUGGACGUGUCCUCCAACAGGAUCAAGGUCCUACCCAUCCAGGAGCUCCAGGCCCUGCCUGCCUGGAUCAAGAAUGGCCUGUUCUUUCACAACAACUCUCUGCCCUGCUCCUGCGAGCUGUACAGCCUGGUGGCCCAGUGGCACCUCCGGCAUCUCAGCUCUGCUGUAGACUACAAGGAUGACCACACCUGCUCCCUCCCUGGCCUGCAGAAGGCUACGGUGAACAUCUUUGACCUCAACAGGGACUACCUAAACUGCAGCUCCAUGAAGGCGGCUGACCAAGAGGCCUACCUGGGCCAGACGCUCGUUCUCAACUGUGACACGCGGCAGCGGGACAUGGCCAAGGCCUGGAUGAGGCCAGGAAAUAUGCCGGUGCCUCCAGAUGGCAACGAGAGCGUGGUGGUGCUCAAAGACGGCAACUUGCAGAUCAGUCCCGUUGUCCUCGAGGACUCUGGCAUCUACGCCUGCUUCGCCACGGGCCAGGUGCUAAACGAGACGAUCUAUGUGUCAGUGAGGGUGCAUAACUUCACCUUAGCUGGCGGCCACGACUCCAUGAACACGGCCUACACCACGCUGGUGGGCUGCCUGGCCAGCGUGGUGCUGGUGCUGGUCUAUCUGUACCUGACUCCGUGCCGGUGCUUUUGCUGCCCGGGCUGCUGCCGGGCCAAGGCGCACCGUGAGGACAGCGUCCAUUCGUCUGCCCUGAGCUCCACGCCCAGCCACGGAGAGCCCAGUGGAAGGGCCGGCCUCGCCCGCCACGUGGCCUUCAUCGACCCCAAGGAGCUGCAGGGCCAGAACGGCAAAGUGAGCCCAGGAGCAGCGGGGGAGCAGUGUGAGCCGGAGGACCGGCGGGAUGGCAAUCGCAGGAAGACGUCGGACGCAGAGUCCGUCAGCUCCGUCUGCUCGGACACUCCCAUUGUGGUCUGAGAACGCUGGGCGGAGCGUGUGGCGGAACAGGCAUCAGCCACGCCGAGCGGGGCUUUCAGAACUGCUGCGGCUUCCCGGAUGCGUGGGAUCGGAAGAGGGCCACUCGGUCGGGGAUAGGAGCCCAAAUGCGGAGCUCGAUUUUACUAGGCAUGUUGUAAUGCGCAAACCGUUUCUGUCAUUAACCUUUAGAGGAAUAUGAAACAGAUGAGAACUUUCCAGCAUUUUACCUGUAGCACUUAAGGAUGUAUACUGUGAAGCAGCUCCGUGGUGGGGUGGAGGGGGGGGGGGUGAUGUCCAACCAUAUUUGGGCAUUGAAGGAGUGAGAUGGGAGAAAAGCAGAAAGACCGCAAACUGUAGUGUGGGCUUUGUUGACCAGUGAGAGCAUGGCAGGGAUAUUUUGUUCCGGUAGGACCCUUAGCUCAGGGUGACCUUCCCCCCCACCACAGAGGUUGUGUGAGGGCUCGGGGGAGUAGCCACAGUUUAACUGACGUCACAUAUCACCCCCCUACCAACACAACCAUACUACUGCAUCAUAAAUGCAGAGAACCUGUUAGGAUCAUGAAGGUCACUCUGGAAAUUAUAAUAAGCAUAUAAACAUUACAUACAGAACUCACAGGAGGUCGUGGGCCUUUGCUUAAUUCAGUGAACAUAUUGCAAAUUUAUCGGUUUUGUAAGAAAAAUCAUUACUUCAUCCAUUCGUUUACAAAAAAAAAAUCACAUUAGGAACAACCAGUAGUUUAAAGUAAAAAAUCAGUAAUAAAUUGAAACCUACAUUCUAGUUCUAAAGGAGUUGUUCCGUGUUAAAACAUGUAAUUGAUAAGCAUUCUGGGUGCUUUUUAAUUAGUGAUUGUCAUGAAAGUUGUAAAUUUGCAACAGAAUUAAGCAAGCGUUCCAAGACUUUUUGUAAGUGCUGUAACUAGCGCAUAAGAAUGUACCACACAUGCCGUAUCCUUUUAUCUACUGUACACACCUUUACCCACCCCCUCCCAAUCAAGCUUUACACCACAGAAAACAUGGAUAUAGACAGUAGAGACCAUAGCUGUGUUUAUGUGCUUAUGUGUUGUACAGUAAACAUCUGAACUAGGUUAUGGGUUGGGCCGUGCAGCACGGCUACAGCAGGAAGCCGCAGAACAGAAAUUUACUGAGUUAGUGAAAGUGGAGUCUUUUCGUGUGUCUUAGUAGAAGGAGACUCGGCAUGUUGGAGGAGCACAAACGAAUGUUCAUCUGAAUCUGAAAACUUCAUGCUGCCGAUAAAGUAUAAAGAUGAAUACAUUAAUUCAUUGAAUACAUGCA